CGAAAAAACAUGGCGAUGUUAGGAUACGGCGCGAUUGCGGCUCUUGGCGGUGCUUUCUUAUACGCGAACCUUCCGACCAGGCUGACCAUCGGUGCUGUUGUUCCAACGGCGGCCUAUCUUUCACAAGCAAAAUUGAUUCCGAUAAGUGACGAAGCUCAAGUUAACGAGAGAUUAGCAGUUCAGGUGACUUUUUCCUUGAAACGGGCUUCCUCAUUAUUCGACAAAGGGCCAACUAUGGUAAUGGCAGUGCGUCGACCAGGUUGUAUGUUUUGCCGUAAGGAGGCUGCUCAACUCAGCUCACUUGAGCCGGACAUGAAAGCAUCUGGCAUCCAGCUGGUUGCUGUUGUACACGAAACUAAGGGUGUGAACGAAUUUAAGCCGUAUUUCAAAGGUGAUGUCUACUUCGACAAAGAGGAUGUUUUGCUAUUUGCUUUAUUACAGCGCCACUUCUACGGGCCUAAUCAGCGUUGGCUACCUCUGUGGAUGGGAUUCCUUCGGGUUGGGACCUAUGUAAAUGCUUUCAAGGCUAAACAAGCUGGAUUUGUUGGUAAUGCAGACGGAGAAGGCCGACUACUUGGAGGGAUUUAUCUGAUCGCUAACAACGAGUUGGUCUAUUCACAUCUGGAAAAGGAAUGGGGAGAUGCAGCUAACAUCGAUGAAGUCCGAAGUGCGAUUCAUAAAUUCAAGUAA